GUCUUAUCUUCGGUAUUCAAUUUCAAAGCUAGCUAGAGCCUAUUCAUUGCAGAGUCUCUUCUCUUCAUUGAUCAACACAUCUCUUGACUAUAAAUGCAUGUGUACAGAAAAUAUAGAAAAGCUACUUCCUUUGCACAUCUUUUCUCUUAUUAGUCAAGAGACAAAAGAAAAACACAAGGAGUAAGAACAAAGUAAAGAACCCCCAGACUUUAGAAUAAAAUUUCACACCUUUAGUGAAAAAGGGGUUUGGAUUUGUAUUUGGAAUUGGGGUUUAGGAGGAGGGUCGUUGCUGUUUUGAGGUGUGAUGAUGGACAGUGGUGAGGUUUACAGAGUAGCAAGUUUAAGAAGAAAUAGUUCAUCAAUAUGGAGGAAUAAUUCAGGUGAAGUGUUUUCUAGAUCAUCUAGAGAUGAAGAUGAUGAAGAAGCAUUAAAAUGGGCUGCUUUAGAGAAACUACCAACUUAUAAUCGUAUCAGAAAAGGGAUUCUAAGUGGACAAGAUGGUUUAGAAACUAAAGAAAUUGAUAUUCAGAAUCUUGGGUUUCAGGAGAAAAAGCAAUUGAUUGAGAGAUUAUUAAGAGUUGCGGAAGAAGAUAAUGAGAAGUUCUUGCUUAAACUCAAGAAUCGAAUUGAUAGAGUUGGAAUUGACAUUCCAACAAUUGAAGUAAGGUAUGAGCAUCUAACUAUAGAUGCAGAAGCUUAUAUUGGUGGCAGAGCUUUACCAACAAUUCUCAACUAUGCUGCGAAUUAUGUAGAGGGUUUUUUGAGUUUUCUACAUAUUCUGCCAAGUAGACAGAAACCCAUUAGAAUCCUUAAUCAUAUCAGUGGAAUCAUCAAGCCAUGCAGGUACAUCAAAUUUCAAUCACCGACAAACCAAGAUUUUUUGGGGUUUUUGGAAUUAUCAGUGAAUAAUCUGAAUUUUGUUAAUUUUGGAUUUUGUAGACUGACACUGCUUCUAGGACCACCGAGUUCUGGGAAGACUACUCUACUCUUGGCUUUAGCUGGGAAGCUUGAUAGAAAUCUUAAGGUGUCUGGGAAAGUGACUUAUAAUGGGCAUGAAAUGGAUGAGUUUGUUCCUCAAAGAACAUCAGCAUAUAUUAGUCAAUAUGAUCUUCAUAUCGGAGAAAUGACUGUCAGAGAAACCUUGGCCUUUUCGGCUAGAUGUCAAGGAGCUGGAACCGGUUAUGAUAUGUUGACUGAACUAUCAAGAAGAGAAAAAGCAGCAAAUAUCAAACCUGAUCCUGAUAUUGAUGUCUACAUGAAGUCAGCAGCACUGGAAGGGCAAGAAGCAAGUGUAGUCACAGAUUACAUUUUAAAGAUUUUGGGGCUGGAAAUUUGUGCUGAUACCAUGUUGGGUGAUGAAAUGGUGAGGGGUGUCUCUGGUGGCCAAAAGAAGCGUGUUACAACAGGGGAAAUGCUGGUUGGACCUGCAAGGGCAUUGUUCAUGGACGAGAUAUCUACUGGUCUAGACAGUUCAACGACAUUUCAGAUUGUGAAUUCAAUUAGGCAAACCAUCCAUAUUAUGAAUGGAACUGCUGUGAUCUCUCUUCUUCAGCCAGCACCAGAAACAUAUGAUCUGUUCGAUGACAUUAUUCUAAUCUCGGAUCAGCAGAUUGUUUACCAGGGUCCCCGUGAAAAUGUUCUUGAUUUUUUUGAAUCUAUGGGCUUCAAAUGUCCAGAGAGGAAAGGAGUUGCAGAUUUCUUGCAAGAAGUGACAUCUAAAAAAGAUCAGAGACAGUACUGGGCGCGUAAAGAUGAGCCUUAUAAUUUUAUUCCAGUGAAAGAUUUUGCUGAGGCUUUCCAGUUGUUUCAAGUUGGUCGACAAUUAGGCGACGAAUUAGCCAAUCCUUUCAACAGAGCAAAGAGCCACCCGGCUUCCUUAACAACACAGAGAUACGGAAUUAGCAAGAAGGAACUUCUGAAAGCUUGUACUGCAAGAGAGUAUUUAUUGAUGAAGAGAAAUUCAUUCGUUUAUAUCUUCAAAUUGUUUCAACUUCUAAUAACAGCUGUAAUAGGAAUGACACUCUUCUUGCGUACUGAAUUGAACAAAGACACCAUUAAUGAUGGUGGGGUUUAUCUGGGAGCGCUGUUUUUUGGUCUGACAGUGAUUUUGUUUAACGGAUUUUCGGAGCUUGCAAUGACUGUUGUAAAGCUUCCUGUCUUUUACAAGCAAAGAGACCUACUUUUCUUUCCAGCAUGGGCUUAUGCUAUUCCUACAUGGAUCCUCAAAAUUCCUGUGACAAUUGCAGAAGUUUUUGUGUGGGUCUUUGUCACUUACUAUGUAAUUGGAUUCGACCCAAACGUUGAAAGGCUGUUUAGACAGUUCUUUCUGCUCCUAUUUCUUCACCAGGUGGCUUCAGGACUGUUCAGAACGGUUGCAGGACUUGGGAGAAACAUGGUUGUUGCAAAUACAGUUGCCUCAUUUGUGUUAGUCAUUCUUUUGGCUUUCAGUGGUUUCAUUUUGUCACGAGUAAAUGUAAAAAAAUGGUGGAUAUGGGGAUAUUGGAUAUCUCCAUUGAUGUAUGGAAUGAAUGGACUUGCAGUUAACGAGUUUCUUGGGCAUAGUUGGGACAAGACUCUUCCCGGUGUUCCCGGUGUUGCAGAGAGACUGGGAACUGCUGUUUUGAGAUCACGUGGAUUCUACACAGGACCAUAUUGGUACUGGAUUGGAGUAGGGGCGUUGUUUGGAUAUGUUCUCUUAUUAAACGUGUUUUUCACUCUGGCACUUACUUAUCUAAGCCCAUUUGCACAGGUUCAGGCUGUAGCUGAAGAUCCACAAUCUGAACAAACAGGAGAAGAGAUGGGCUCAUUAUCUAGGAAAAAGAGCUCAACGAGCCGUCGAAGUAGAGAAAGGGGUGAAGAGAUAAAGAGAAGUAUGUCAUCAAAUGUAUCUGAUGAUGCUAAUCCGAACAGAAAACGUGGAAUGGUACUUCCAUUUCAACCUCAUUCUAUCACUUUUGACGACAUUACAUAUGCGGUCGACAUGCCAGCGGAAAUGAAAGCUCAAGGAGUCACCGAAGAUAGGUUGGAGCUCCUUAAGGGUGUCAGUGGAGCUUUCAGGCCCGGAGUUCUUACAGCUUUGAUGGGUGUUAGUGGUGCUGGUAAGACUACUCUUAUGGAUGUCUUGGCAGGACGAAAAACUGGUGGAUAUAUUGAAGGAAGCAUCACAAUAUCUGGCUAUCCAAAGAAACAAGAAACAUUUGCUCGUAUUUCUGGAUACUGUGAACAGAACGAUAUUCAUUCUCCAUUUGUGACAGUCUAUGAGUCAAUUACGUAUUCUGCUUGGCUUCGGUUACCUAAUGAUGUUGAUCCUGCGACAAGAAAGAUGUUCGUUGAAGAAGUUAUGGAGCUGGUAGAACUGACUCCGUUGCGGGGAGCAUUGGUUGGGCUGCCCGGUGUGAAUGGUCUCUCAACUGAGCAGAGGAAGAGGUUAACCAUUGCAGUUGAGCUUGUUGCAAACCCAUCUAUAAUAUUUAUGGAUGAACCAACAUCUGGGCUUGAUGCGAGGGCAGCAGCCAUUGUGAUGAGAGCAGUGAGGAACACUGUUGAUACAGGAAGAACUGUGGUGUGCACCAUUCACCAACCCAGUAUUGACAUAUUCGAAGCCUUUGAUGAGCUGUUCCUAAUGAAGCGAGGAGGGGAGGAAAUAUACGUUGGUCCAUUGGGUCGCCAUUCUUGCCAUCUGAUCAGUUACUUUGAGGGAAUCGAAGGGGUCAGUAAAAUUAAAGAUAGGUAUAAUCCAGCAACGUGGAUGUUGGAGGUAACUUCGGCUGGACAAGAAAGUGGCCUAGGUGUUAACUUCACCGAAUUAUACCAAAACUCAGAACUUUAUAGGAGGAACAAACAGCUCAUCAAGGAUCUAAGUGUCCCUCCUCCUGGUACAAAUGACCUUUUUUUCCCAACUCAGUACUCAAGAUCCUUCUUCAGUCAAUGCUCAGCUUGCCUGUGGAAACAAUAUUGGUCAUACUGGAGAAAUCCUCAAUACAAUGCAGUGAGAUUCUUCUUCACAACCGUUAUCGGCUUAAUGUUCGGUACAAUUUUCUGGGGUCUUGGGACCAAGACGGAUAGGACACAAGAUCUAUUUAAUGCUAUGGGUUCUAUGUAUGCUGCUGUUCUCUUUCUCGGUGUGCAAAAUACUUCCUCAGUGCAGCCACUAGUUGCUGUUGAACGAACAGUCUUUUACAGAGAAAGAGCAGCUGGAAUGUAUUCUGCCUUGCCUUAUGCCUUUGGACAGAUUGUAAUUGAGAUCCCGUAUGUCCUUAUUCAGUCAGUGAUUUAUUCGCUUCUUGUGUAUUCCAUGAUUGGUUUUGAAUGGACAACUGAGAAAUACUUUUGGUAUUUAUUCUUCACGUUCUUCUCAAUGUUAUACUUCACAUACUAUGGGAUGAUGACCGUGGCUAUAACUCCUAACCAUAACAUUGCCGCAAUUAUUGGUUCUGCUUUCUACGGUUUAUGGAAUCUGUUCUCUGGUUUCGUUAUCCCAAGACCGAGAAUGGCUAUUUGGUGGAGAUGGUAUUACUGGGCAUGCCCCGUCGCUUGGUCAUUAUACGGACUAGUCGUUACACAGUUCGGAGACAUACAAACCCCGCUUGAAACACAAGAAACUGUAGAACAAUUUUUAAAUAGUUACUUUGGAUUUAAAAAUAGCUUCCUACCGGUGGUUGCAGUUGUUAUUGUUGGUAUCAAUGUGUUCUUCGCUUUUGUCUUCGCCUUCGCCAUCAGAACACUUAACUUCCAGAAAAGAUAGUAAGAAGAUAAAGGUUCUCCGAAUCAGGACUAGAAGCAUUAAUGUAGAUUCCGAAGACAGAUACACUACUUUAGAAUCAUAUAACAUAGGUUGGUGCAGAGCGCAGUUAUGGAUUUGUAAUAUGGUUUCGGUUUCUUUCUUUCUGUAUUGUUUGUGGUAUAUAUUAUGUAACACGAACUGAAUUGUAUCUAUGUAAUGUUCACAAUAUCAUCAGAUGUUGAUUUUUUUGUAUACAGUAGUAAGUUGUUUUCCAUC